AUGCAGGAAAACCACGAUAAUGAGACUAUCAUAGGGUUAAGUGAUCAUAGUUUAAGUUCCUUUAUCCAGACCAAUGACUGGAAACACUGCAGUCAGAAACAGGAUGAAAAGAAAGGCAUGCCGCUUGUAACUCAGGUCAAGAACACUGGCUUCCACUGUGUGAUUUAUAGUAGCCUGAAGAGCAAUGGAAAAGAGAACUACUUGUUGGGCCUGCCUGUGAGUAAUAUGUAUGUGGACGGUACAAAACCGAGCUGUCUGGGCCCCAAGAUGCUCAGUGAACUGAAAAUAUCUGAAGAAUUCGACUAUAUGGUAGCAUGGGCUCCACGCCUGCAGGCUUUCCUGCAUGCUAAGUACUCUAUAAACUGA